CCGAGCUCUCCGGGGCUGAGUCUCCACGCGUGGCUCGGAGCCUUCAUGAGGCGUGGCGGGAGCCAGAGGGAGAUCACAUUUUUGGAGUACUGUACCCAUCCUUAAGAAAAGCCCAGAAAGAGAUCAUGGCUCCAGAGCAAAGGGAAGGGAAGUCUCAGGUGUCAGUGACGUUCGAAGAUGUGGCCGUGCUCUUUACUCGGGAUGAGUGGAAGAAGCUGGACCACUCUCAGAGAAGCCUGUACCGGGAGGUGAUGCUGGAGAACUACAGCAACCUGGCCUCCCUGGGAUUUCCAUUUACCAAACCAAAAAUGAUCUCAGUGUUGCAGCAAGGAGAAGAACCCUGGAAAGUAGAGAAAGAAAGUCAUGGCGACUCCUCUCUUGGAUGCAACAGCAUUCUUCAAACCACAAAAUCAACUCAAACUAAAGAUUCAUCAUUUCAGGGAUUAAUGAAGAGACAACUCAAAAGAGACGAGUCCUGGGACUUCACCUCAGGAAAUUUCUGCAGAUCUGGCAACGGUUUUAAAAAGCAGAACAAAAAUGAAAGCUUACAAAUAAUUCCAGUCACCCAUACGAAAAUCCUUACUGUAGAUAAAAGCCAUAAGAAUUUUGAAUUUGGUCCAAACAUCGACCUGAAGUCAGUUGGUAAACGAAAGAUUGCUAGGGAAAAAACACAAAGAAAUAGCCUCAAGAAAAAUUCAAAUUCACUUAAUCAACCAAAAAUCAAGACUGCAGAGAAACGCUAUAAAUGUAGUACUUGUGAAAAAGCCUUCAUGCACAACUCAUCCCUUCGAAAACAUCUGAAAAACCAUACGGGAGAGAGAUUAUUUCAAUGUAGAGAUUGUUUGAAAGCUUUCAGCCAAAGUUCUGCUCUUAUUCAACAUCAAAGGACUCACACUGGAGAGAAACCCUACAUAUGUAAAGAGUGUGGGAAAGCCUUCAGCCAUAGUGCGUCCCUUUGUAAGCACCUAAGAACUCAUACUCUGGAGAAGUCUUACACAUGCAAAGAAUGCGGAAAAUCCUUUAGCAGGAGGUCUGGCCUUUUUCUGCAUCAAAAAAUCCAUGCCCGAGAAAAUCCUCAUAAAUAUAACCCAGGUAGGAAGGCAUCCACUUCCCUUUCAGGAUAUCAGAGAAUCCAUUCCAGAAAGAAGACCUACUUGUGUAACGAGUGUGGCAACACCUUUAAGUCUAGCUCAUCCCUUCGCUAUCACCAGAGAAUCCACACCGGAGAGAAACCUUUCAAAUGUAGCGAAUGUGGCAGAGCCUUCAGUCAGAGCGCUUCACUUAUUCAACAUGAAAGAAUUCACACUGGAGAAAGGCCCUACAGGUGUAAUGAAUGCGGAAAAGGCUUCACUUCUAUCUCAAGACUCAACAGACACCGAAUAAUUCACACUGGGGAGAAGUUUUAUAAUUGUAAUGAAUGUGGCAAAGCCUUAAGUUCCCAUUCAACUCUUAUUAUUCAUGAGAGAAUUCACACGGGAGAGAAACCAUGUAAAUGUAAAGUCUGUGGGAAAGCCUUUAGACAGAGUUCAGCUCUGAUCCAGCAUCAGAGAAUGCACACUGGAGAGAGACCUUAUAAAUGUAAUGAGUGUGGGAAGACAUUCAGGUGCAAUUCUUCCCUCAGUAACCAUCAGCGAAUUCAUACUGGGGAGAAGCCGUACCGAUGCCAGGAAUGUGGGAUGUCAUUUGGUCAAAGUGCAGCUCUUAUACAGCACCAGAGAAUUCACACAGGAGAGAAACCCUUUAAGUGUAACACAUGUGGGAAGAGUUUUAGACAGAGCUCCUCCCUUAUUGCACACCAGCGAAUCCACACUGGAGAGAAGCCCUAUGAAUGCAGUGCAUGUGGGAAGCUCUUCAGCCAGAGAUCCUCCCUUACCAAUCACUACAAAAUUCAUAUAGGGAAGAAAAUAUAUGAAUGUGACGCCUGCAGGAAAACCUUCAGCCAGAGCUCCUCCCUGCUCAAGCACCAGAGGAUCCACACUGGGGAGAAACCCUAUCAGUGCAGCGUGUGUGGCAAGCACUUCAUUGAACGCUCCUCCCUCACCGUCCACCAAAGGACUCAUACCGGAGAAAAACCCUACACCUGUGAUGACUGUGGGAAAGCCUUCAGUCAGAGCAUGAACCUCACUGUGCAUCGAAGAACGCACACUGGAGAAAAACCCUAUCAGUGCAAAGAGUGUGGAAAAGCUUUUCGUAAGAAUUCAUCCCUGGUCCAACAUGAAAGGAUUCAUACCGGGGAGAAGCCCUACAAAUGUAGCGACUGCGGGAAAGCUUUCACACAGAGCAUGAAUCUGACAGUGCAUCAGAGGACUCACACCGGAGAAAAGCCCUAUGAAUGCAGCGAGUGUGGAAAAGCCUUCAGUCAGAGCAUGCAUCUUAUUGUGCAUCAGAGAAGUCACACCGGGGAAAAACCCUAUGAGUGCAGCGAAUGCGGAAAGGCCUUCAGUAAAAGCUCCACGCUCACUCUACACCUGCGAAACCACACUGGAGAGAAACCCUACAAAUGUAACAAAUGUGGCAAAUCCUUUAGUCAAAGCACAUACCUUAUAGAACAUCAGAGACUUCACUCUGGAGUGAAACCUUUCGAAUGUAACCAGUGUGGGAAAGCUUUUAGUAAGAACUCUUCUCUUACUCAGCACCGGAGAAUCCACACUGGUGAGAAGCCUUACGAGUGCAUGGUGUGUGGAAAGCAUUUCACGGGGAGGUCAUCCCUAACUGUCCAUCAGGUGAUGCACACAGGAGAGAAACCGUACGAGUGCACUGAAUGUGGGAAGGCCUUCAGCCAAAGCGCCUACCUUAUUGAACAUCAAAGAAUCCACACUGGUGAAAAACCCUAUGAAUGUGACCAGUGUGGGAAAGCGUUCAUUAAGAAUUCAUCCCUCAUAGUGCACCAGAGGAUCCACACAGGAGAGAAGCCCUAUCAGUGUAAUGAAUGUGGGAAGGCCUUCAGUAGGAGUACAAACCUUACAAGACAUCAGAGGACUCAUACAUGAGAGUUGUCACUGGCACCUUCAUCUUGAGUAAUUCUUUAAUAAUAAUCAUGUCAUAUCAAUGUAGAUGCUUAAUAACCAUAACUAAGGUGGGAACCUUUUAGUUGAAGUACAGCAUAGCAUACCAGAGUAACCAUAUGAAAGCUAUGAACACUUUCAUUCAGAUGGUAAAGUCUUGUAUCUAAUACACAAAUGAGGAAGACUUCGGCUGAAGAUAAGCUCUAGCGUGUCAUACUGGGAAUUCUGAUUUGGGCCUCACAGAGUUUUCACACUGGAUAGAAAAUGUGGUAGUACUUAACUGGACAGCCCAAAAGUCUGGCAUAUAGUUCUAACCCCCAUUAACUUAAACAAGUCACCCACUUUCAUCUGGUGACAGUGUCCUUAUGUGGUAAAUGAGAGAGUUGGAAUUUAGAAGGCCUGUGGGAUCUCUUAGAGAAAAUGUCCAAAAGCAAGAUGCAGGGAAGUUUUUGUGGUUGGUUUUUUUGUUUGUUUUUGUCCCCCCCCCCCUCCUGUUUUUAUUUCACAUAGUGGUUUUAUUUCAUAUGGUGUUUUUUCUGGAAUGUUCCUCUACCUCUAACUCCUAUUGUCCUUCAAGUUCUUCCCUUUCCCUGAAUUGAUUUAUCUCCUAAAAUGUAGGCUAGUUGCUAUUGGGUGGCAGAUAAACUGUGCAUAUUUUAAUGCCACAGCAUGCUGUUUUGAAUUCUCAACUAAUAGUCAUUAAACUGCUGUUGAAUAAGCUGAUUGUAUUUAUAUGAAAAUGUGACUUAAAUAUAAUCUUUAAAAACUUAA